UCGGCUCCCAGCAGCGUCGCCAUCAUGGGGAAGGACUAUUACAAGAUUUUGGGCAUCCAGAGCGGUGCUAAUGAAGAUGAAAUCAAGAAGGCCUAUCGGAAAAUGGCCCUGAAAUAUCACCCCGAUAAGAAUAAAGACCCCAAUGCUGAGGAGAAGUUCAAGGAGAUUGCGGAGGCUUAUGACGUCCUGAGUGACCCCAAGAAACGAGCUGUGUACGACCAGUAUGGGGAGGAAGGUCUCAAAACUGGAGGUGGCUCUUCAGGUGGCUCAGGGAACACCUUCCACUACACCUUCCAUGGAGACCCCCAUGCCACCUUCGCAUCCUUCUUCGGAGGCUCCAACCCUUUCGACAUCUUCUUCGCCAGCAGCCGCUCCCGGAUGUUCAAUGGCUUUGACCAGGAAGACAUGGAUAUGGAUGAUGACGACGACCCUUUCAGUGCCUUUGGCCGGUUCGGCUUCAACGGCAUUAAUGGGGUUCACCGGCGGCACCAGGAGUCCCUGCACACGCGGAGGAAGGUCCAGGACCCACCUGUCAUCCACGAGCUCAAGGUGUCCCUGGAAGAGAUCUACCACGGAUCCACCAAGAGGAUGAAGAUCACUCGCAGAAGGCUCAACGCUGAUGGCCGGACCAUGCGGACUGAGGACAAGAUCCUAAACAUUGUCAUCAAACGGGGUUGGAAGGAGGGAACCAAAAUCACAUUCCCCAAAGAAGGGGAUGCCACUCCAGACAACAUCCCUGCAGACAUCGUCUUCAUCCUCAAGGACAAGCCUCACUCGCACUUCAAGAGGGACGGGACAAACGUGAUCUACACGGCAAACAUCAGUCUUAAAGAGGCCUUGUGCGGCUGCACUGUGAACAUUCCCACCAUCGAUGGACGGGUGAUCCCGCUCCCCUGCAACGACAUCAUCAAGCCAGGGACAGUGAAGAGACUACGUGGGGAGGGGCUGCCCUUCCCCAAGGCCCCCAGCCAGCGAGGAGACUUGAUCGUGGAGUUCAAAAUCCGCUUCCCGGACAGAAUAGCUCCCCAGACGAGACAGAUCCUCAAGCAGCACCUCCCAUGCUCCUAGAGCCCAGGGACUCUCCUCCAAAGCAGCAAUACUCCAAACGCGUGUGCCACAGCACCUGGCCUGCACAGAGCCAAGGUGUCACAGCACUUUUAAAUGCAAAAAAAGAGAAAAAAACAACCCCUCACACUACUUUUCUCCCCCAAAAAACCCAUCCGACCCACCCCCUAUCCAUCCUUCUUGGCCGGUUUUUUACUCCAACAACGGGGAGACUCCUGUCUGCCGCAGCUCCCCCGACUGCCAAACCUUUUCUUUCUCCCCAGAGGUCCAUUUUUUCUGCCUCGCAAGAGCGAGAGCUGUGGGCCCUUUGCCCGGGGAGGUGCGUCGUGUCGUGGGUUUUUUAUGUCACCUGCUUUUCAGGCCACUCUUCCCACAAGAAGCUGGACUUGCCGGGGUCCGGCGCUGUGUAAAUAGGACUCCGCAGGAUCUGGCAUCCCCGCUGCUGGUUUUUCUCUUCCCCUCUUUGAUACUUGCUGCUGUUUGGGGUCCCGGCUGUACCGCGGUGCCGAUCACUCCUGCCUGUGGUGGCCCCCCCAGUAGCUGGACAAUUUCUCACCUUGGGGCCACGGUACCAAGUCCAGCCGUGGCCCGCUCUCCUGUGCCAAGCCUACACCGAGCCUCGGCUGUGCCAAACAACGGAGCACGUGGGGAUGGUCCAUCCAGCCUCCUGCCCCUGCCCGGGGAUGUCCCCAGUGCCCGUGGGCAGCACUUGCCUGCACCUACUGCCCACGGGGCCCAGCCAGCAGGAGGAGGGGGGAAAGCCCAGGGUGGAGCUUUCUUUUUUCAGAUGUGUUGAGUUUGCAUUGCUGCUUUUAUUUUUUAAAUACAUAUAUAUAGAGCUCAUUAGAUAAACUUCGUAAGGGUUUUUCUCUGCCUGUAUUGGGGAUACUGGCCUGACGCACCCAGGCUUUUUUUGAAAGGGGGAUGAUUCAGCCACACGAACAGCAAACCCCCGGAGUGGGGUUGUGUGUGCGUGUAGCACUAAUCUGGGUGCAAAAGCAGAGCCAAGCGUGAGCAGAGCUGUGGGUUUCACUAGUGUUUCAGGUCAAAUUAGGGAUUCUAAUAAGAAGAGAGAGGCGUGUGUAUAUAUUUUUCUACAGGGACAAUUCAUUCAGGAGGUGUUUCUGGACAUCAGGGCGGAUCUGGGAGGUGCAUGAGGCAGUCUGCUUAGUGGCUCCAUUUUCAAAUACUGUAUUUUUUUAAAACCUUUGGAUUUCCAUCAGGAGAAUUUUUAUAUUUCUUACCUUUCUCAGCCCACUCUGCCUCAUGCCAUUUUUUUUCCCAGGAAAGGGAAAGGGCUGGUGUGGAGCUGGAGGCACAUUUGACCUGGCUUUGUACAGCUCCUCUUUCGCUGCAGCACUGCCAAGAAAACCCCUGCCAAAUAUCCCCCCCCCAGCUUCCAACCUGGGAAUCUUU